AUGUGUAUAACUUUAAUUGACCCAGUAGAACUGAAGUCAAGUCUGAUUCAUCAUUUACCAAAGUUCAAGGGACUUCCGGGUGAAGAUCCAAACCGUCAUCUUCAAAAAUUCCAGCACAAGAUGACAAGUCUUAGGCAAGGUACCGAAGACAGUGAUACGGCAAUGCUGCAAGCUUUUCCGUUCUCUUUAAUAGAUAUGGCGGAAGAAUGGAUGUAUUAUCUUCCCCCAGGGAUUAUUACAACAUGGACUGAAAUGAAAAAGCUAUUUCUGGAGAAAUAUUUUCCUGCUUCCAAGGCGGUCGCUGUUCGCAAGGAGAUUAGUGGCAUUCUGCAGAUUACCGAAGAGUCCCUUCAUGAAUAUUGGGAGAGGUACAAAAAGUUGUUGAGGAAUUUGAUUGAUGCAGCUGCUAGUGGCUCACUUACUGAAAAGACAAUCUCGCAGGAAACAAGCUUGAUUGAGAGCAUGGCUUCGAACGCUCAAAAAUUUUACACCAGAAACAACUCAAGUGUCAGAAGAGUUAGCGAGAUAGGAGAGUCUACACAAUCAGAGCAACAGAUAAGAAACAUCGAAAAGGUAAUGCAAAGAAUGGCAUCAAUUAUUAUUCCUACUUAUGAAGAAGAGUCUGAACAGGUGAAUGUUAUGUUCCCAAAUCAGAUGCCAGGGUAUAAUCCAUACUCUAGUACCUAUAAUCCAGGUUGGAAAGAUCACCCGAACUUCAGCUACGCAAAUAAGCAAGCUGCAGCUCCUAAUCCAUAUGCUCGGCAAGGUGGCUUUCAACAACCACAAUUCCAACCUCAGCCGCAAGCGCAACCUCAGAAUCAAGAUUCUAAGAUCGAUACUCUGAUUUCCAUGUUCCAACAAGGUCAACAGAAAGCUGAUCAACAUAUGCAGAAGACCAACUCCGCCAUUAAAGAUCUGCAUACUCAUAUGGGGCAAAUGGCAACUGAGAUUAAUCAACUGAAGGCGCAAGCAUCAACAAAGCUGCCAUCACAAACUUUUGUGAAUCCAAGAGAGAAUGUUAAUGCAGUACUUUUGAGGAGCGGAAAGCAGACAUAA